AUAAAAACAUAGUGUCCCUCUGCAAAACUUUUAUCAGACAACUAUCAUUUUCUCGUCUAAAAGACCCAAAACAUUUCUCUCUUUCACUCUCUAGCCGGAGCUUUCACUGAUAUCAUAUUUCGUUGUCAUGUCAUCCGCAGAUGAAUUGAUAAGAACUUGUCACGUACUUCUUAGACUCGGUGACUUUGUCGGAGUCCAAGAUGUCGUGAACAAGAACAAGGUAUUAUUCGGUGAACGGCUAGAUGAAUUUGAGAAAGCCGCGGCUAUCUCGGCCGUUCUCACGGCCGCAGAGAAUCCGCUUCCAAACGGAUUGAUGGAUUGGUAUGGGAUGAUUAGGGUGAAACCACCCGGACCUGUCUUAUCGGAGGACUUCGAGAAGUUGAUGAAUCUAUUGAACUCCAGUAACAACCCUUUCCCAUUUUGCCAGGAAGCUCGUGUGAGAGCCUCGUUAGCUUGGUCGUAUCUGUCCGAUCCAACCUCAAAGGCGGGGUACGAUAACGCUAUGUCCAACAAGGAAAACCUUGUAAUCGAAGACCAAAGCGAUGACAUAACCGAUGUUGGUGGUCUUUGCGGAGAUGGUAGCAAAGGUGAAGUGGACACAAGAAAACGAAAGGCGGAUAGUCUCACUUGUUCUGAUUUGCCAGCAUCAGAGUACUUGAAAGAGUUUCAGGAGACGGAGGAGAAUCCCUUGCCGCUGGCGGAGACACAACAGGCUCCCAACAAUGAAGUUCCAUCGAAAGACACUUCCUCUGUCCCCGAGAAACAUAAAGUUGGUCCUGGACCUGACGAUGAGGUUGUGAUUAUUUCUGAUGACGAGGAUGAGGAAUACGUGGGCCGAGAUAUUAUAUCAAUGGCUAGAACAGCGAAAGUGCGCAUAGUUGAUGGAAGGAAAGUGAAAUUUAUUCCAUUGAGGAAGAAGCAAAAUUAAGUACAAGA